AUGGCCUUUGACCGCUAUGUAGCGAUCUGUCGGCCCCUCCAUUACUUGCUCAUCAUGAACAGGAGGAUCUGUGGCAUCAUGAUAAUGUCCUGCUGGGCAGGUGGCUUUUUCGGUGCUGCAGUGCUGACUGGGGUCACUUUCAGUUUUCCCUACUGUGGCCCCAACCAUGUUGAGCAUUUCUUCUGUGAGCAGCCAGCUGUGCUGCAGCUGGUCUGUGUGGACACCUCUUCUGUGGAGGUCCUUAUCUUUGCCCUUAGUGUGGUUGUCCUGAUGCUGCCUUUUUUCUUCAUCCUGGCCUCCUACAUAGCCAUUGCCGGGGCUGUCCUGAGCAUGAGCUCUGCUGCCGGUCGACACCGUGCCUUCUCCACUUGUUCCUCCCACCUGACUGUGGUCACCAUGUUCUAUAGCACCAUUAGCUUCACCUACCUGCGCCCCCAAGCUACGCAGUCACGGGAGCAGGAGAAGAAGGUAGCUAUCUUUUACUCCAUUGUUUCCCCCAUGCUCAACCCUGUCAUUUACAGCUUCAGGAACAAGGAUGUCAAAGGGGCCCUUGCCAAAGUGCUGGGAAAAAAUUGA